AUAUCUUUUAAGCUCUGCCGAUUAGGAGUUCCAUAGUUUCAUGGACAUUCGACUUUGUCCAAAUGUCAAAGUCAAAGAUGACGUCACUGUGAAAACAAAACAUUCUCUUAGUGACUGGUGAUUGACAAUGGACGAAAUUAUAGCAGAACAUGAGUGGAAGAUGGGCCCUUAGACUUCCAUUCUUCUGGCGCAGAACCCUACUUUGGAUUGUACAUCUCUUUGAUCGUUAUUUUUCUCUUGUUAUUUGGUGGCAACGUAGAAUCUUUAGGAUGAUAGCGUGCAUGACAUACGAAGGUGCCCUUAGUGAACCAGAAGAUUUUCCAAAAUCCGAAGAACCUGUAUGGAUUCUAGGACGGCGUUAUUCAACCCAGACAGAUCUUGCACAGUUAAGAGCUGACGCUCAGUCUCGAAUAUGGCUCACUUAUCGUCGGAAUUUCGCUCAGAUUGGGGACUCAAAUUUUACUUCAGACAAGGGAUGGGGCUGUAUGUUGAGGUGUGGACAGAUGGUGCUUGCAGAAGCUCUUGUACGAAGACAUUUAGGAAGGGACUGGGUAUGGACAGCUUCCACAUCAGAUAAAACCUAUUUAAAGAUUCUCAGUAUGUUUGAAGAUCAUAGAUCUGCCACAUUUUCCCUUCACAUCAUGUCCCAGUUAGGAGUGGAUGAAGGCAAACCAAUUGGAGAGUGGUAUGGACCAAACACAGUUGCUCAAGUGAUUAGAAAACUAACUCCAUUUGAUGAGUGGAACAACUUCAGUGUUAAUGUAUCCUUAGACAACAUACUAAUCAUGGAUGAAAUCAAAUGUUCAUGUCAAACUGAAGGUGAAAGAUCAUGGCGGCCACUACUCUUGUUUAUACCCCUAAGAUUAGGUCUCUCAGAGAUGAACCCCAUCUAUUAUUCUGGUAUUAAGAAAUGUUUCAAGAUGCCUCAGUCUUUAGGCCUUAUAGGUGGAAAGCCAAAUCAUGCUUCAUACUUUGUUGGUUUUAUGGGGGAUGAAAUAGUGUAUUUAGAUCCACAUACAACACAGGAUUCAGGGAGUGUGGAUAAGAAAACUACAGAGGCAGAAGUGGAAUUAGACAAGUCGUAUCAUUGCUCUUUUGCUCAACGGAUGCCUUUAGAACAAUUGGACCCCUCUUUGGCACUGUGCUUUUACUGUGGUACAGAGAAAGAGUAUGAUGAUUUGUGUAAUCGCAUGCGUCAAGAGCUUAUUGAUAGUGAAAAGACGCCUUUGUUUGAACUUGUCUCAACAAGACCAGAUUACAUGAAGGAUGAUACUUCCAAUGAAGGAGCAACUGGUAUUUGUAUGGAACUUGAAGAUCACCAUUUUGAAUCUGAAGAUGAUGAAGAAUUUGAAGUAUUGCAGUAGUACCAAUAGUAAUAUAUUUGUAAAAGCUUUUCUUUUGUAAAGAGGUUCGUUUUACCAGUUAAAAGUGUUUGUAUAUUAUAUAAAGUCUGUUAUUAGUGGUAUAAGAACAGUUUAUAUAGACUUCUUUAAAAGGUUAAUAUCUGUAAAUUUAGUAGUUGUAAGUAAACGGUAAUCAAGUGCACUACAUGGUGUCUAAAGUAAUUAGGGACCUUUUGUGCUAAAAGCACCAUUCAAGGUGAUCAUUUAACUGCAGUAAUGAUCCUUGCAGUGUUCAGCAACCACUUCUUAUUCUUUGCAAGUUAUUAGAGAGGGUUCUUUUUAUACUUCAGUGAGCAGAUAAUCACUUACUUUUGUCAAUACUGAAAUCACAGAAUAUUCGCUGCCACUCAGACAUGUUGUAUAGUUUUACUAAAGGAUUUAGGUUGCAGUUUGAGGUGGCUAAGAAAGAGAAAUAUUUACCAGGAGAAAGGAAUGAAAGAAUAAAAGCUUUAACAUUUUGGCUGAAAACAUCUUACAAAAGUAGUGCAAAAAUGAAAGUGAGGGAAGUGCAUUUCUUUGUAAGUAAUACAUAUAUUUUUUCUUUUUGUUCACUUUUUGUUCAGAUUACUUUAAGGAAUGUGGCACAUAAAAUCUUCAUGUUAAGAGUAUAGUAAUGUUAUGAGGCAGAGAUUAAAUUUGUAGAGCAUUUGGUGAAAUGCAAGCCAUAUAAUUUUAAUACCUUUCAAAAAGACCAUUUCACUGAAAAUUUGCUCUGUCGAAAUCUACUUUGGUAUUAAUCAACCUAGGAUUAGCCAGCAUUUCUUUUAAUUUUUACUUAGUAACUGUAAAUAUAGUGUAAAUUAUUGCCACGCCUUCUCUUAUCACUCUAGUUUAGUUAAAAUAAAUAUUUCUCUCUAAGUAUGAAAUGUAAGAGUAUCAUUUAUAGAUUAUUUUGGUCUGUAACGUAUUUUGAACAUAGCUUAAGUAAUUUUUUAAAAUAUCAUUUGACAAACACUACAAAUAAUUACUAAACUUAGGGUGUGAACGUUUUGUUUGUGGCAGGACUUGUUUGGGAUGAUUAUUUAAAAUAAGAGAAAAAUUUCAAUAAUCUAUAGUCUUGCCUUACCAUUCAGUGAUCAGUUAGUAUUACAUCAAGUAAUGUGUACAUAAAGCAUUUAAAGUAGCGAAGACCGGUGAUGAUGUGUAGGCGAGACAUGGGAAAUUUAAAAAACAAAACAAUUUAGAUCUGAUUUAGAUGAGAAUGUUGAAUAAUGAGAGAUGUGAUAUAGAAGAGGAGAGGCAGGCGAAUAAUAUAAAAAAAAAAUGGUUGAAAAGGUAUAGGAAAAUUUUAAGGUUAAAUUAUAAGAAAAAGUGGAAAGGGCAAGGGAGAAUGACACCAUAGUGUUGGAAAUCGUACUGCAUCUGGGAUUUUAAAAGAGGCUUGACAAGAACAGAGGUGCAGAAAAGUGAAGUGGAGUAGGUUAGUCAGAAACCUUGAGCCCCAUAAUAAGCUGAGCAGCUGUAAAAGGGUUGAAAACAAAUAAACAAUAAUGCUUUUUUAUUUAUGUUGCUACAGUUUUUGGAAAUAGAUUGAAAAAAUUUGUUAAUUUAAAUUCGUUUUUAUUCAAGAACUUGAGAAUAAUUUAGUGAUGAAAUACAAGAUAAGAAAUGCACUGUAAAAAUUGGAAUGUAUGACACAUAUGCUAAAGAUUGUAACAUUAUAGUAUAUAUAUCUAGUAGUUUUAAAAAUGUCUGACAUUUACAGCAUAACAAGUCACAAAAAUAUUAAAGUAUGACAUUUGAAAGACUACAAUGACAGUGCUUCAUAACAAUAUUCUUUAAAUAGGUAUAUAUCAUAUACAUUAAAGAGAACAUUGUAUUAACAAUUCACAUCAAAAGAAAAAUAUCUUUGUUUCAGCAAAUAGUGUAUAUCAGGAAAUCAUUCACUGUAAACAAAUAUAGUGUAUUUUUUGUGUAAACAAAUAUUUUAUGUUCAACUUUUUCUUGAAUAUGAUUGAUAUGAAGAUCAUUGGUUGUAAUGAAGUUGUAGUAAUGUAUAUGUCAUAGUAUCCAUUGCUUGGCUUGAGAUCAAAUCUGCCCCAAAAAUGUGAUGCAUAGGCAUUUAGGCUACCAAGAUGGAAUGGAUUACAAAAUUUUAUUUGUGACAUCUAGUUUGCUGCAAACAAAAGGGCACAUUGAAAAUAUUAUGCCAUUUAUGGUAUUUCUUGAACAGCAAAUGAGGAAUGGGCUAAUAUAAUACAUCAGCUGGGUACAGUGUAUAGGAAAGUGAACAAUAGUUUUUAAAUAUCAGAAUUGAUUUUAUUGAUGUUAAACUUCACAAGAAGUUGUUCUGGUUUUAACAGAUAAUUUUGUAACUUGUCAGUAGUUCUCGAGUAUCAAACUCUAACUAGCUUUUUGUAUGGUUCAAAUUACUAUUCCAACUUAUAAGUUUGGAAUUUAUGAGUUGAUAUAUGUUCUUACUUUUUCUAAGUUUUGCUAGAAUAUGAAAGAAAGGUUACUGUCUUUUAUGACAAUUGAACUGCUGCCUUAAGAGCGAGGUUCACCUUUAAUGGUACGUAUUAUCUUUAAUUUUUACUAAAUCCUUCUUUGUAAUAUAUAAUGAUCUUUUAUAGGGUGUAAAUGAAACCUCUUUAACUUUUCUCUCUUAAUUGCUGCAUAGUCUUUUUAAAGUUGCUUAUUUCCUGCACUACUGCAUAAAUGGUUUUGAAAGGAAAGUAUAGUAUAUGGUUGCUAUACACUGUAAGCAUUGUCUGCACUUCUUUUUACAAUUUAGAAUUUGUGAAGUAGUUUGUCAUUUCUGAUUGAUGUGGGUUUCAAGAUUGUGUUUUGAAGACAUAAUGGUAACUGUUGUAGUGUACAAUAAAUAUUUCAUAUUUGAUAGUGUUGCUGUCUAAGUCUGAAUUGUAAAAGGAUUUUGAGUUUUACAAGCAGUGUUAUUUGUAAGACUGCACUGCUUGUUACCAAGAUCAAAAUUUUGGUAAAAUGGUGUAAAGGUGCUGAAUUGAUGUUUGUUCCAGAGCAUAAUGUAGUAAGUAAUAUCUCAUAAACUGUUUCUUUUAGUUGAUGAAGUCUUGGGAUUUUCUUCAGAACUUUCAAUCACACUUCCAGUCUUUUGAAAUUGGGGAGAAAGUUCAUAAUGUAAAUUUUGUUUAUUGUUACAGUGACAUAUGUCAUGUAGUUUUAGAGACAAUGCCUGAAGUUAUGUUUUUCUUAGAUAUAUUUGUAUGUAUAUUAAAAGUGAUGAACUAUCUUUCAAUCAUG